GCGACCGGCUCGAGCCGCUGGGACCUCAUAGGGGGGGCGCGAGGGAGAGCGACGGGCCGCACGCAGAGACCGCGGCCGCCGCUGCUGCUAACUCUUCUUUUAUUUUUCUUUAUUUACUUUUUCUCCCUUUUUUAAAAAAAUAAUUAACAGCGAGACAUCGCCGUCGGCUGCCGGAACGUACUUUCCCCCCAGUCUUGCGGAGGAGUAAAGGUCACCUGCGCUGGCUGUCCGGAGAGGGGAUUGAAGUUUGGGUUCUCCUCCGCCCGGCCCGAAUCAUUUUCUGGGCCGUCGGUCAACUUUUCAUCGGUUCCGGUUCUGAUGUUGUUUUAAAUUGUGCGCGUUAACAAAAGUAUCCGCUUCAAAGUUUUCUGCCAGAUCAGGUUUUAGUUUCUAAUUCCUUAUUUUACCUUUUUUUUCUUUCUUUUUUUUUUUUUUUUAAAAAAACGACACAGCCAGCGCCCCCAUGAAACUUUUUUCCACCCCCCCAGACCGAUAGCUGUGGUCCAAGGGAUUUGUCCGGCCCAAAAAGAGACGGGCUGGUGUUGGGCUCGAUCGGGGGAGCAGCGGGGCAAACUUUUAUUAUACCGUAAGGACAUUUCGGCGAGUUAUUCCCUUAGCAACAAUGAGGACUGUUAAACCGCACUGAGAGGAAGGAAAUUCAACCCAAAAAGCGGCCUGACUCCCUCCCCCAUCAGCCGGCGCUCCUGGUAACCUCACCCCUUAAUGAGGAAGAUGGCGGCCUCUUCUGUGAAAGUGGCGGUGAGGGUGCGGCCCUUCAACUCCCGCGAGACCAGUCGCAGCGCCAAGUGUGUCAUCCAGAUGCAGGACAAUUCAACCUGCAUCUCCAACCCCAAGCAGCCCAAGGACACGCCCAAGACCUUCACCUUUGACUACUCUUACUGGUCUCACACCUCGGCCGAGGAGCCGGGCUUCGCCUCCCAGCGGCAGGUUUACCUGGACAUCGGCGAGGAGAUGCUGCUGCACGCCUUCGAGGGCUACAACGUCUGCAUCUUUGCCUAUGGCCAGACGGGCGCCGGCAAAUCCUACACCAUGAUGGGCAAGCAGGAGCCCGACCAGCAGGGAAUCAUACCACAGCUCUGUGAGGACCUCUUCAAGCGCACCGUGGACAACGCCAACCCCGAUCUCUCCUUCUCUGUGGAGGUGUCCUACAUGGAGAUCUACUGCGAGCGCGUCCGGGACCUGCUGAACCCCAAGAGUAGGGGCAACCUGCGGGUGAGGGAGCACCCCAUCAUGGGCCCCUAUGUGGAGGACCUCUCCAAGCUGGCCGUCACCAGCUUCGACGACAUCGCCGACCUCAUGGACAGUGGGAACAAGGCCAGGACAGUGGCUGCUACCAACAUGAAUGAGACGAGCAGCCGCUCACACGCCGUCUUCACCAUCGUCUUCACCCAGAGACGCCACGACCAGAUGACCAACCUGGACACGGAGAAGGUCAGUAAGAUAAGCCUGGUCGAUCUGGCAGGAAGUGAACGCGCUGACUCCUCUGGAGCGAAAGGCAUGAGGUUAAAGGAGGGAGCCAACAUUAACAAGUCCCUCACGACCCUGGGGAAGGUCAUCUCUGCCCUGGCUGAAAUGCAAAGUAGCAAAAAAAAGAAAUCAGAUUUCAUACCGUACAGAGACUCUGUACUAACCUGGCUCCUCAAAGAAAACCUUGGUGGUAACUCUCGCACUGCCAUGAUUGCUGCCCUCAGCCCAGCGGACAUCAACUACGAGGAGACCCUCAGUACCCUCCGAUACGCAGACCGGGCCAAACAGAUACGUUGCAACGCCGUCAUCAACGAGGACCCCAACGCGCGCCUGAUCCGCGAGCUGAAGGAGGAAGUGAGCCGUCUGCGGCAGCUGCUGUUCUCCCAGGGCCUGAGCUCCGAGCUCCUCACUGCUGCUGGUUACGAGAUGAACAACAACCAGGCCACAGGUGCAGGACUUGCCAGCGCGGCCCCCUCCCCCGGAAACAAGGCCGAGCACUCGGAGCAUCCCCCUGCCCCCGGGUCCGAACCCAUCGCCGACGGCGAGGUUCCCGCUUCCUCCGACGAGUUCCAGGGAGGUCAGGUGGUCAUCAGCAAGGAGGAGGCCGUGGAGAUGCUGGCGGAAACUGAAAAAAUCAUCGCCGAGCUGAAUGAGACCUGGGAGGAGAAGCUGAGGAAGACGGAGUCCAUCCGUCUGGAGAGGGAGGCUCUGCUGGCGGAGAUGGGCGUGUCAAUCAGGGAGGACGGUGGCACGGUGGGGGUCUUCUCCCCCAAAGGGACGCCACACCUGGUGAACCUGAACGAGGACCCACUGAUGUCAGAAUGCCUGCUGUAUUACAUCAAAGAUGGCGUCACAAGAGUGGGCCGCAAGGAGGUGGACAUCCGCCUGAGCGGACAGUUCAUUCAAGAGCAGCACUGCAUCUUCUACAGCCGCGUUAAUGAGGGCGGAGGAGUGGACGUGACCCUGGAACCGCUGGACGGGGCAGAAACCUACGUCAAUGGCAAGCAGAUCACGGAGCCCCUGGUGCUGAAACAAGGCAACCGCAUUGUGAUGGGAAAGAACCACGUGUUCCGCUUCAACCACCCGGACCAGGCGCGGUUGGAGCGGGAGCGCAGCGCCUGCAUUGAGCAGCAGGGGGAGCCAGUGGACUGGAACUACGCUCAACGGGAACUGCUGGAGAAGCAGGGCAUCGACAUCAAGUUUGAGAUGGAGAAGAGGCUGCAGGACCUGGAGAGUCAGUACCGGCGGGAGAAGGAGGAGGCGGACCUGCUGCUGGAGCAGCAGAGACUGUAUGCUGACUCUGACAGUGGGGACGACUCAGACAAGCGCUCCUGCGAGGAGAGCUGGAGACUCAUCUCCUCCCUGAGGGAGAAGCUGCCAGCCAACAAGGUGCAGACUAUAGUGAAACGCUGUGGCCUCCCCAGCAGUGGAAAGAAACGGGAGCCCAUCCGGGUGUACCAGAUCCCCCAGCGGCGGCGCAUCAGCAAGGACCCGCAGCGCCUCACCAUGGCUGACCUGAAACUGCAGGCCGUGAAGGAGAUCUGCUACGAGGUGGCGCUGGGCGACUUCCGGCACUCGCGGCAGGAGAUCGAGGCACUGGCCAUCGUCAAGAUGAAGGAGCUCUGCCGCAUGUACGGCAAGCGGGACCCCGGCGAGCGCGACAACUGGCGCCUGGUGGCGCGGGACGUCUGCGAGACGGUGGGCAUUGGGGACGAGCAGGGCGGAGGCCUGGACGGCGGGGGCGAGGGGAGCGGCGAGGGCGGCAAGGCCGGCGUGGGGGAUCUGAAGGCGCACAUCGACAAGCUGACCGACAUCCUGCAGGAGGUUAAGCUGCAGAACAACAUGAAGGACGAGGAGAUCCGAGCCCUGAGGGACCGCAUGGUCAAGAUGGAGAGCAUCAUCCCCGCCAUCGGGACUCAGGAUGAUGGCAGUGCUGAGGAGGAAGAGGAGUUCCAGCAGGAGCCCAGAGAGCUAGAGGAGCAGCAUGACUGCUCCAUGGGAGACCUCCCGAAGAAGGAGCGCAUCACCAAGCUGAUGGAGGAGGACCCUGCGUUCCGGCGAGGCCGCCUGCGCUGGCUGCGGCAGGAGCAGAUCCGGCUGCAGAACCUGCAGCAGCAGCAGAUCACCAAGGGCUGCGGCGGGGUGGGUGGGCAGGGGCCCUUCCUGCCAGGAAUGGGCCGCUUCAUCCCGCCGCAGGAGUGCAAGCUGCGCUUCCCCUUUAAGAGCAACCCGCAGCACCGCUACUCCUGGGGCCCUGCUGCCGCAUUCAUGCUGGGCCUGGGGGGCGGCGAGGACAGCCAGGGGGAGGCCGGAGAGGAGCUGCAGGGCCAGGCUGGGGGAAUGGAGGCCCCACACGCCCCUUCGCCCCCACCGCCUGCCUCCACCCCCCCCGGAGGCCCUGUCAUGCCCCUCCUCCCUCCCCCCUUCCAGCUACCCAUACCUCUGCCCAAUGCCAUGCCGGGGGGCGGAGGCCAACACCGUAUCCGCACACCUAGCCCCCAUCGGGCAUGGCAGCAGCGUAACUAUGGCAACAACCACCAUGGCAACCCGCCGUUCCCUCAUCAGCAGCAGCCGCGGCAGUACCGCCGGAACUCCUUGGACAGCUCGUCUUCUCUGAACAACCACAACUACAACGGCAACUUCAGCCAUGGCCGCCAGGGGCACCCGCGCUACCGCCGGCAGUCCCCCGGGCCUGGGCCCAGGCCGCAGGAGCGGGACUCGCUCCCGUUCCUCCAGGAUGGAUCCUUCCAGAACCCACGCAAGCCUGGCAUGCACAACCAUCACCACCACCCGUACCACAACCACCACCAGCAGCACCACGUUCACAGGGGGGGCACCGGCUUCCUCGAUGGGGACAUACCCCCACCCAAGAAUUACACGCCCCAUGAGCACCCUGGCACGGGCGAGCUCCAGAAAUUCCCGGGUUACACGACCCCCCCACGGAUGCGGAGGCAGUUUAGCGCCCCGGAUCUGAAGAACAGGGAGACUCCGGUCUGAGGGUGCCACCCCCACCCAGCAUCCAUCACUCCCCAUCCUGCCCCAACGCCAAACCUCCUGCACCGGACAGCAAUCAUCAGUCCCCACACCCCCCUCCCCCAACAAAUUUGUGGGCAGGUCUGCCCCUUUGCUAUAUACUGCUUAUUAUCCCUUCUCCUUUUCUCUCUACAUGAUGUCAUAACAGGGGGGGCGGGGGGGCUAGGUUUGAGCGAUCUCACCACACAUCUAAACCAAGCACUUAAUUUACCCGGGCAGCACUCACAUUGGCCAUGAGAGGGCGACGUGUCACGCAGCAUUGUGUCCAUUCACUGUUAAACCAACAAGGCAGAAUGCAUUUGUAAAUAACGGGGACUUUAACUUGGUUUUUAAAUGAGUUCUAUGGCUCCACUUGACGCUGUCCUGUCCUGGUGGGGGGCCCUGGAUCUCGCGGGGGUGGGACAUUGACAGCCCUCUCAGUGUCUCCUCUACAUUAACAGUACUUACACUUCCUGGCUUUACCCCCCCCCCAGACGCUUGCACCCGGAGCACGCCGGCCCCUUGGGCUGUGGACCUCGACCUCAGACACAUGACCUCUUCACACUGUAACUGAUUGGACGCUGUGGUUUCUGUGUUUGGGAGGUAGAAGCGUCGCUGUGUGAUGCGACUGUGCUGCCUUACACAGAUUCCGUGUGUGUGUGUGUGCGUGCGCGCGUGUGUGUGUCUCGAGAGCUCUCUCCGUGUCAGUCUGUAUACGUGUUUUAUAUAGACGUAAGUGUCCGAAGCGGACACUAGGGGGAGCGUUGAAACCGUCGCUGAAGUUUUAGCUACUGAAGCACCCAAAGAAAGCAGUUUUGGGGGUGUCAGAGGACUCCGGUUUGUAACCAGCCCUUUGCCACCAAACUGCAUGUCAUUUGUGUAAAAUGUUAACCUUUUUUUUUAAUCGUGUUUUUUUUUUUUUGUUAAAUGCUGCCCCCUUCAGGUUGCAGUUGGAUGGGUCAGGUAAAAAAAAAAAUAAAAAAAAAAGACCUCAGCUCCUUGACGCACCUUAUAAUCCUCGUAUUAACAAUAUAAUCAUUGAAGCUAGUGUCCCUGGGACUGGUUUGCAUGUAGGAGAGGGGAAGGAUGGUGAAAUUUUAUUUCAAAGCAGCAGUAGUAGUCACUGCUUUUGUUUUAGCUUUUGUUUGAAUCUUUUUAGUAUGUAUAUUAUUUGGAAGGGUGUUUUAGAAUUUGAGAUGUUCUCUGACCGCUCUGGAGCCGUGGUUCCCAUGGCCAAUCAGUUGGCAGCAGGGUUCAGGCCUUCAUUGUGUGGCAGCCAAUCAGGUGGCAGAGUGCAGGCCGCUUCCAUCCGUGGGAGAGCAGCUUGGCGAAGCGUUUGUAGGAGGGGCCUGGGAGGAGAACCUGCUGUAACCUGUCAGGCUGCCUUGCACGACGGUGGGUUUUUAUAUCUCUGGAGAUCUCAGAGUUGUAGAAAUAUCUCAGACAGUCUGAAGAGCUUAAGGAUGAAACCUCAAACGAUUAGGAUAUGAAUAGGGUAAUCUCACUGAUCUGUCCAUUGGGGCAAAAAACACUAGGUUAUAAAUCAUCAUACCAGGUGGGGGCUUUGAUUGACGUGCUCUGCACUGUGGGUGAUUGGGUUUGGUUAGCAUAAAACACGAGGGGGGGAUGUAGAACAGAGAUAGGAUGAACCUCUUCCGUAAAUGAAACCACGGGAAAUGGUGACAUAUAGCAUUCUGGAACACUAAAACGCACAAGGUUCCCAACACACUCAAACCUAUAGCGUGAUGCAAGCAAUCGUGCCCUACCUCUCCACACUGUCCCCUUGAGGUGACAUCAUCACCCGGGGCCGAUGGCGUGGGCUGCCAGUUAUAGAGGUUCCUCGCAUUCAGUAGGUCUCUGUACCGUUGGGGUCAUUCACUUUACUGAGAGUCCAUUUGGAACUGAUACCGCAACUUGCACUUGCAUAUAUACAGCCGCAGAAAAAAAUUGAGAACACAGCACUCAUUUCUCAAUUUUUUUUUGCAAACUGCAGUCUGGAGAUUCUCUGUUUCUCCUUGAUAAAGGGCUUCUUUGCUUUAUGGGUCUUCGGUCCUGCUUCAAGGACUGAUAUUAACUGUCCUAGCAGUGCACUUCACACCUGCACUUAAUGUUUCCCAUUCCUUUCGAAGGUCACUUGAUGUCAUCCUACGAUUCUUGAGAAACUGUUGUAUAAGUUGUCAUCUCUGGCAGAAAGUCACUUCCGCCCUCUACCUGACCUGGUUCCUGGUCAUUCCCAGUGUCUCCUGCUUCACAUUGUUCUUGUGUCCUACUGUCUUACAAAUGAUGAACCUGGAAGCAACUCAUUGCUCAGCGUAGCCUUCUGCCAGCAGAACCAGGAUUAAACCAGGAUUAACAAAUGCAGAUUUGUUUAAAAAAUAUAGAGUGGUCUCAAUUUUCUUUACGGCUGUAUACCAUGUUUUGCAUGCCGGGGGCAUGUAGGCAGGCUGGGAGAGGGGGGAGUUAGCCAGAUGAAAGAGAGAGAGAGGGUGGUAUGUGGGUUUGAAUCAUGCUAUCAUUUAAGGCUGAAGAGCACACAGAAUGUGAUGGAGAAAGUGUAAUACGCCAGUGGAAAUGGUGCCAAAUGUCAUGGGCUGAGGAUACAUUAGUGGCUGUAUGCUGUUGAGAGUUAUCAGUGUUAAAGGUUAGUUGUAAUUGGUCAGAGGAUGAGAGAUGGGUUAGUUAUUGCUGGUCUGUGAAUGUUUAGUAAAAUAUAAGUGCCAUGCAUAAGUAUGGGGUUUUAAAGGGGUUUGUGAUCUUUAGGGUAGUCAGCGUUAUCUGCCAAAGGUUGACUUCACCUCAGGUUACCCAUUUUUUGUUAAAAUGUGCUGGUUUCUGGAAAUAGUAGUGUGCCCCCCUCUGUGUGGAGGACUUUACUGCAGGACUUGUGCCUGACACAACUAUAAGGCAAGGAGAGGCGAAAAGGCUGGAGUGAGACUCUGUUGAAACAAGUGUUGUGAUAAUGUGAAACCCCCCCCUCCCUCCCCUCAGUGUCCCACGAUUCAGACCUAUCAGAAAGGGUUUGCAGACAGCAGGAGAAUUACCCCCCAGGGCAUAAAAAUGGUUUGUCCCGGUCUUCCUGGCUAAGACCCUCGCAUUGACUGAAGUGGGUGUUUUUUUUAAUGCUUUUUCCGGAAUUAGUGUAGGAAUGUGCGUAUCGUGAACGCAAACCUGAGGACGAGGAUCAGACCUUUUCUAAAUAGGAGCACCCCACUGACUUGACGAGUACUGUACAUGUGCGGUAGGACGGAGGUGCGGAUGAGAGUGACGUGGGGGGGGAGACAGACUCGCCGUAAUAAAUUCAGCUGCUCCAUCCCCUUCCUCAUUUUACAGAUGUUAUAAAUUAAUCGUUAAAUAAAUAUUACCGUUUCAUUCUCUUGAUUUUUUUUUCUGUUAUUGUAUUAGGACAAUCUGUUAGUGUGUUUCUGACAUUUCUACUUUUUUCCUGUUGUGUUUCUGACAUUAAACAAAACAGGCUUCUCUGGCUUUACUUACUUACUUUUAAUGGGAGUUGUUUUUAAUCGUUCACUGCAUUUGCUCUCCACUCUUCCGUAAUUCUUUGAUCUCUCUCGUCUUUUUAAUUAUGCUAAUGAGCUAACACACUGCUGAUGCUGCUCGGAGUGUCUCGGCUGGGAAGGCCUGCCGAUUUAAGGCCUCCUGCCCCUAAAAGGUUCCUUGCCGUCUAAGGUUUACAAAGCAAAAGAGGCGGCAAUAUGAAUUAUCUUCUAAUGAGUGGAUUUUACAUCCGGCUGAGAGAGAGAGACAGAGUGUGAGCGAGGCGAUCCGCAGUUGUGUCUUGGGAUUUGGAUAUAUCAAAAUAAGUCCCCCCCCCCUCCCCCGCUGUGUCUCAGUGCCCCAUGAGCUGAUGUUCAUUUUCCUUUUGUUACUUGAGUCCUUCAUUUAAAUGUUUUUUUUUCUCUCCCAUUGAUUUUAUCAGUUGUCUGAAAGAAGGCAGGACUGUUGUAAAGUUUGUGGUCAUUUGAGCUUGUGACAAUGCAUAAAUAAAGGCGAACCUGAACGGGUCGGUCUCGGGAA